CUAAAGUGUCGUGUGAUCGAAAAAAAAUUCACUCUCUACUCUGCUCUCGAUUAUGUGAACAAAGUUCGACAGAAUUUAUCCUCCAGUCUUAUCUCCAUCUAAUUUUUCUAAGUCUUUUAUACGAUACGUGUAGGUGUACGUGUGAAAAAAAUAUUGUAAUAUAUUCGAUAUUUAGUGCUUCUCUUGCAAAUAAUGCGAUGUAACUUGUGUCUGCUGUAAAUAAUUAUAGUGCGUAUGCUGUUAUCAAUGUGUCAAGUUCGAAGAAGACUUAUAUUAAUAUAAUUGCACAGCAAGGAAACCGAAAAUGAGUUUGCGCUGGAUUCACGAGAAUUUGGAAGCACCAACAUGCGACGAGGAGUGCAGCGAUAUCGACGAUAGUUGCAGUGACGAUAGCUACGACACGGAAUUAUCUCUUCAGGAAGACGACGAUGUAGUAGAAAAUGGGAAGAAAAUCGCUCGCGAUGUUCGGAAGAAGAGGGAAACCAAAAGACCUUCGACCACGACCGUCACCUUUGACGGGAACGGAACCCCGCGUAACAUGGAACGCAACUCCAAACCACAUAAAUAUACGCCGUACGUAAUAUGGGAUCCCCGACAGCCAGCGAAAAAUCCUGUCUAUAAUUGUGGGAUAAUAAAACUGUACUGUCGAACAGGGUAUCAUCUGGCAAUUACACCAUCGGGACGAGUCCGAGGAUUAUCUGACAACAAAGAGUCGCACGCUCUGCUUCACGUAACACCGGUAUCUUUCGGUGUUAUUAGAAUACAAAGUAUCGAAACGAGGCUCUAUCUGGCAUUUAAUAAAAAAGGACGAUUAUACGGAGAGGUAAAUAUGAGCAACGAUAAUACUGAAUGGGAACAAUGGACUAUUGGUUCCUAUGAUGCAUUUCGAUCGCGCAAAUACGUGCAUUAUGGAUGGUGGAUAGGAAUAAAGAAGAAUGGACGAGCAAAGCCGGGACCGAAAACAUCUUGGGGGCAAAAAGCAAUACAAUUUUCGGCUAUCCAAGAGGAUUAAUCGAGGAAAAACACACAGAUAUACUUUUUAUUUUACUCAUUUAUAAAUUAACUGGUCAGAAGAGGAAUCAAAGACAGUGAUGAAUGAGUGUUUCAUGAGAAAAAAGAUGGUUCUGCUAGAUAAAAAAAUUCAUUCGAAUGAGGCAUUGAUCGAAUACAACACGUUCCAAUAGAAUAUAAUGUUUAUUAUAACACUGUGUUUCACUCAACAAUGGGAUAAUUUGGAAUUGUGCAUUCUGCUUGUGCCCUCAAACUGAAACUCGAUCGCAAGUCGCAGUUUUUCAUUUGCAGUAAAUAUAUAUUAUUAUGCAUCAAUCGUGUCGACUCGAUACGCUUACAAGCAAGAUGAUUGCACAUGCAUUAACUCGUCUAAAAUCAACUUUUCGUCAUAAAUAGCAAACUAGCUCGCAUCUUGCUCGUAACGUAUACUAUAUAUGUAGCAUAUCAAUUUUUCAUAGUAUGUCAUCGAUUACAGCGUAUUGUAAUUGUAUAUAAUUAUUACAAUAUUAUCUCUUUUGUACAUCUACAUACAAUGCAUAUAUAUAUAAUAUGUCAAAACUUUCAAGCAAGAGUUUGUAUUAAAACAAAAGAUAUUUCGACGAAAUGUAUAUGUAGCUUUAAGUUUUUUAAUGUUCAGCUUUGCAAAUGUAAAGUGUGCAUAUUGGAUAAACUUU